UUAGAGUGAAGUUUAAAGCUUAUUGCAUAUUUUUGCGUUAAACUAACUCUAUUGAUCAUCUAACACCAAAGAGAAAGAGAAAACAAGAAAGAAGAAAACAUGGGUGUAGGAUCAUCUUCAACACCAACUCUUCUAACAGAAUUAGCAUCACCUGAAGCUAAAGUUACAGGCAUUUUCACCUAUCCAAUUAAGUCAUGCCGUGGCAUUUCUCUUCCUCGCGCUCCUCUCACUCCUUUUGGAUUUCCUUGGGAUCGACAAUGGGUAGUUGUGAACUCGAAAGGGAGAGCACGCACGCAAAGAGUUGAACCAAAGCUUGCUUUGGUUGAAGUUGAACUUCCACCUGAGGUUUUUCUUGAACACUGGAAACCUACCACUGAUUCCGUCAUGGCUGGAAUGGAACCUGGAAUGGUGAAAGCACCUGGAAUGGAACCUCUCAAAGUUUGUUUGAACAAACAGCAGUAUGAAGUAGUAGAUGAUAUUGGUUUGUGGGAAUGGACUGGCCCUGCCUGGGAUGAGGGAGCUGAAGCAUCGAAGUGGUUCUCGGAUUAUCUAGGAAGUCCUUGUAGACUGGUUCGCUUCAAUACUGCUUCAGAAGUUAGAAAUGUAGACCCUCCUUAUGUAGAGGGACAGCAACGGAUCUUCUUCAGUGAUGGUUAUCCUUUCUUACUCGCAUCUCAGGAAUCCUUGGAUGCACUAAACAAGUUUCUAGAGGAACAGAUACCUAUGAAUCGUUUCAGACCCAAUAUCCUUGUUGAAGGCUGUGAACCAUAUGCUGAAGACUUGUGGAGAGAUAUCAAGAUAAGCAGGUUUUCGUAUCAGUGUGUCAAGCUGUGUGCCCGUUGUAAGAUACCACAAGUCAAUCAAGAGACAGCAAUAUAUGGUACUGAACCGACGGAAACUCUCAUGAAAGUUAGGUCUGGCCAUGUAUUGAGACCAAAUCAAAAUAACAAAAACAAGGUCUACUUUGGUCAGAAAACAGUGUGGAAUUGGAAGGAUUCUUCUGCUAAAGGGGGUGGAAACAUGCUUAAAAUGGGAGAUUCUGUUUAUAUCAUCAAAAAAUAUCCUUCUCUAGCAGAAGCAGCAGCUUAAAAGGCUACAGUGACACUAACGUUAUCAAACAUGAGUGUCGCUCGCUGGCUAUGAUGAAAUAAAGUGAUUUAUUUACAUGAUUGCUGAACAUUGCUUUGAACAGCUGUAAAAUGUAAUGCAUCUAUUGUGCCUUGUAUCCAAUUAACAACAUGACAAUAAGGAUCAUGCAAAUAAUAGGGUUGUCUUCAUUAUCAAACAUCAUGCUUCCACUAGAGUUUAGAGAGGUUAUACAGCAAGUUUGAUAAGUUUGGGAAAAAAUCUAAUCAAAUUAAAUUUAGGAGAGAAAAUUUGAAUUAGAUUUCUAAACUUAUUUUCAAACUGCUGCGGAAAGCUGAUUACAGCGGUUACACAACCGUUGCUAUAUGAGUAUCAAUAGUGUUGUGAUAUAU